AUGUUUAUUAACUUGCUCACAAUCUUCAUACUUAUAAACGGCAGCAUACAAUUGAUCGACAGCAUAGCCAUCGACACCGUACAUAAAGUUGUAGAUGUACCGUGUCGAGAUACUAUCGCUCUAGAUUGCAUUGCGAUGAAAUCAGCAGGAUUUUGCUCUUCACCUUAUGUUGCUAUACAUGAUUGCCCUGUUACUUGCGGCCAUUGCUGA